GAGCCUCGCAAGAAGGGCGAUCGGGACGGCGAGCAGUUCCACUGCGACGGGCAGGAAGGGCUUCUUGCAGACGGCCAGCUUCCCCAGCAUCGACGAGGCCGUGGUCCUCAGGUUCGCGAGGAGCGAGGUCCAGGUGCUCGAGUGUGAAGGCAGGGUCAGGCUGACUGUCGUGGCGAGCAGGAGCCCGCACGGCGAGGUGUCGGUGCCUUGGAGUACCAAGGACGGGACGGCCAAGGCCGAGGCGGCGGACGUCAGGGAUCCGCGGUACGUGCGGAGCGAGGGCGUGCUGAGGUUCAGGCCCGAGGGCCCGCUCUCCCAGGAGAUCGAGGUCGCGGUGAUUGACGACCACGAGUGGCAGGACACGGAGUUCUUCGAGGUGCACCUCGAG